GGAAGAAGACACAAAGCAGCGUGAGAAGCAGUGUUAUUGUAAUGCAUGCACUUUUUAAGGGGUGACAUGCCAGCAUGGUGAUCACCGAGUCUUGCGGAUGGUUCGCUCUUUGUGUUCACAUAUUACUGCGCUUUCAUCAUGUAGCUGGGGGAGCAGAUCAUGUAAAUUUCAAGACAGACCGACUGAAUGUGCUCCUUAUCCUUGCCGAUGAUCUUCGACCUUCAUUAGCGUGUUAUGGAGACACUGUUGUAAAAUCUCCCAACAUUGAUCAAUUAGCUUCCAAGAGUAUUAUCUUUCAGAAUGCUUUUGCACAACAAGCAGUGUGUGCUCCAAGCAGAACGUCAUUUUUAACAAGCCGCAGGCCAGAUACAACAAGACUGUAUGAUUUUAAUUCUUACUGGAGAGUGCAUGCUGGAAACUACACAACUCUUCCCCAGUACUUUAAAUCAAAUGGUUAUAUCACAAUGUCUGUGGGAAAAGUGUUUCAUCCAGGAAUUGCUUCAAAUCGCUCAGAUGAUUAUCCAUAUAGCUGGUCGGUUCAUCCAUAUCAUCCUUCAUCCCUUGCAUUUGAAAGGCAAAAGGUCUGUAGAGGUCCAGAUGGACAGCUUCAUGAAAAUCUGUUGUGUCCAGUAAAUGUUUCAGAAAUGCCUGAGAAAACUUUGCCAGAUAUACAGAAUACAGAGGAGGCUGUUCAACUUCUGAAAUCUGUGCACAACAAAAAAGACCCCUUCUUCUUAUCUGUGGGUUAUUACAAACCACAUAUCCCAUUCAGAUAUCCAGAGGAAUAUUUAAAGCUGUAUCCCAUAGAAAACAUGUCUCUGGCACCUGAUCCAGCAAUUCCAAGUGGGUUACCUUCUGUAGCAUACAAUCCCUGGACAGACAUUCGUGAAAGGGAAGAUGUUCAAGCUCUUAAUAUUAGCUUCCCUUAUGGUCCAAUCCCAAAACAUUUUCAGCUGAAGAUCCGUCAAAAUUAUUUUGCUGCUGUUUCCUUCCUUGAUGCUCAGGUUGGCCAGUUAUUGGGCACUCUAGAUGAUUUAGGACUCUCGGACAGUACAAUUGUGGUUUUUACCUCUGAUCAUGGUUGGUCUUUGGGCGAACAUGGAGAAUGGGCCAAGUAUAGCAACUUUGAUGUAGCAACUCGUGUACCGUUGAUUUUCUAUGCACCUGGUUUAACAUCACCUCAUCCAAAAUUUGGGCCAAGAACAUUUCCUUUUAUUGAUGCAUUCAGUUAUACACCAAACAGAAUCUCUAAAGGUAAUUCAGUUGAAAGCAUUGUGGAGCUAAUUGACUUGUUCCCAACACUUGCUGACCUGGCUGCUCUAGAAGUUCCUCCAUCUUGUCCUGAUCAAUCAUUCCACAUAGAUCUUUGUACAGAAGGCUCUAGUCUGAUGGAUUUUUUAAAUAUUAAUAAUGUUCAGAAUGACGAUGAGGCCAUUGCUUAUAGCCAGUAUCCACGGCCUUCGAACAUUCCACAGAAGAACUCUGAUCUUCCACACCUAGAAGAUAUUCGGAUUAUGGGUUACUCCAUACGUUCUGCAGAAUAUCGCUAUACAUUGUGGGUGGGUUUUGAUCCAUCCACAUUUCAUGCUAAUUUUCAGGACGUGCAUGCAGGGGAGCUCUACUUUAUUGAAAGUGAUCCUGAGCAGGAUUUCAAUAUGUAUAAUAGCUCUCUUCAUGCAGAUUUAUUCCAAAAGUUUUGGAAGCAUUUAAUACCAUGAUUUACUUGAUAAACAUUUUUUUUCUGUUCAUUUAUUAAAAUGUGCCUCUAAAUUAAUUGCACUCCACCCCAUCUUAUAAUGAAUGUCCCAGUCACUUAUUUUGAGGGUACAUCAGAUUAUGGUUUUAUGAAGGCUAAGAAAAACUGACUUAUUACAUUAAAUAUUCACGUGUGCUUUAUUCAAACCGUGGGUUGUUAACAGAUAUACAUGUAAAGGCCAAUUUAAAAGAACACUUAAAGUUGUCGGCGGGGGGAAUAUUUGAUUUGAAGAAAUAAUAAAAUCUGAACUGGUUUUAUUUUGAACUGCAAGGUAAGUGCAAUAUAAUUUUUGAUCUGUAUGCCUGUAAUUGUGGUAUAGUGCCGAAUGAUUUGAAUAAGCAACCACAUAACUACACAAUAAAGUCCUACCUAAAACUGU